GGCUCGACGCGAUAUUACGGUAGAGCGGAAGCGCGCAUGCGCACCGUCCACAGAGGCGGCGCGACGGGGCGCCGAGUAGGCGGGGCUACGUAACUACGCGUGCGCGGGGAUUGGCUGAGCGCGGUGCGCGCUGCGUACGGCGGCCGGCAGGCGAAGGAGGAAGCAGGGCCGCCAUGGCGGCGGCGGCGGCGCUGGAGCGGUGGGUGUCCGGGGAACUACAAACGCUGCUAGGGCUGAGCGGCCGCCACGUCCCCGCCUUCCUGGUGGCGCUGGCCCGGCGGAGCCGCAGCGUGGAGGAGCUGCUGGAGCGGCUGCGGGAGACGGAGGCGCUGCGGGUGGAGGAGCCGCGCGUGCGGGCCUUCGCGCGGGAGCUCUGGGACAAGGUGCCCCGGGAGGCCCCGCGGGAGCCCCCAGGCCGGGCAGCCGAGCGGGCGGCACGGGAGCUGCAGCGCCGCAGCCAAGGCUACCGAUUGGUCGAGAGCGAUGACGAGGCGGCAGGGCCCGCCCCUGCCCACGGCUCCGCCCCCGCCACAGCUGACCCCACUCCCCGCCGCCGCCGCCACCUUCGACGCCGACGCUCCGAGUCGCCGGAGGCCUCCAGCCCCUCGCCGCCCCACAUUCCGGCUGCGGACCCCACCGAGGAGCCAGAAGCAGAAUGGGAAGCAUCGGAGCGGGAACGGCUGCGGGAUUUGGAGGAACGAGACGCCUUUGCCGAACGGCUGCGCCGCCGCGACCGUGACCGUACCCGCAACGUCCUCACCCGCCCUGAUGCCAAGGCUUAUGAAGAAGCUCAAAAACGCCUCAAAAUCGCCGAAGAAGAUCAGAAAACCAUGGUUCCAGAAUUGCGGAAAAAAUCCCGUCGGGAAUAUUUAGCGAAAAGGGAAAAGGAUAAAUUAGAAGAAUUAGAAGCGGAAAUCGCCGAUGAAGAAUACCUUUUCGGGGAAGAAACGUUGACGGGAGCGGAACGGCGGGAGCUAGAAUAUAAACGUCGCGUGCGGGAUCUGGCCCGCGAGUACAAACGGGCCGGGGAAAAGGAAAAAUUAGAGAAAAGUAAUCGAUAUUAUAUCCCCGAGGAAACACGAGGCAAGAAGAUCCCCGAGCGUGAGGAAGUGCUGGGAGGGGAGGAAGAGCGAAUGGCCCCCCGGGACGAGCAGCGGCGCUGGGAGGAGGAGCGAAUUGGGGCGGCUUCCUUGAGGUUCGGGGCGCGCGAUGCCGCCCGCCGUCAGCCCUCCAAGGAUUACGACUUUGUGCUGGAGGAGGAUGAGAUGAUCCAGUUUGUCAGUGCCGUGCAGAUGAAGGGCACCGAACCUGAUAAGGAGGCCCCGGCGCCGGUGCCCGAGGCGGAGCGGCAGCGGCAGUCGGCGCAGGAGGCGCGGCGGAGCCUCCCCAUCUUCCCUUACCGUGACGAGCUGGUGGCCGCCAUUGCCCAGCACCAGAUCCUGGUCAUCGAGGGAGAGACCGGCUCCGGCAAGACCACCCAGAUCCCCCAGUACCUGCACGAGGAGGGCUACACGCGGCAGGGGCUGAAGAUCGGCAUCACGCAGCCACGGCGUGUGGCCGCCAUGAGCGUGGCUGCCCGCGUGGCCGUGGAGAUGGGCACCAAGCUGGGCAACGAGGUAGGGUACAGCAUCCGCUUUGAGGACUGCACGUCGGAUCGGACUGUGCUCAAAUACAUGACGGAUGGGAUGCUGCUGCGGGAGUUUCUGACCGAACCCGACCUCGCCUCCUACAGUGUGAUCAUGGUGGACGAGGCGCAUGAGCGCACCCUGCACACUGACGUCCUCUUCGGGUUGAUCAAGGACAUCGCCCGGUUCCGGCCCCAGCUGAAGGUGCUGGUGGCCUCGGCCACCCUCGACACCCAGCGCUUCUCCGCCUUCUUCGACCAGGCCCCCGUCUUCCGCAUCCCCGGCCGCCGCUUCCCUGUCGACAUCUACUACACCAAGGCGCCCGAGGCCGAUUACCUGGAGGCGUGUGUGGUGUCGGUGCUGCAGAUCCACGUCACCCAGCCCCCAGGGGAUAUUCUCGUCUUCCUCACUGGCCAGGAGGAGAUCGAGGCCUGCGUGGAGCUGCUGCAGGAGCGGUGCCGCCGCCUGGGGUCGCGCCUGGCGGAGCUGCUGGUGCUGCCCAUCUACGCCAACCUCCCCUCUGACAUGCAGGCCCGCAUCUUCCAGCCCACCCCCCCUGGCGCACGAAAGGUGGUGGUGGCCACCAACAUCGCGGAGACGUCGGUGACGAUCGAUGGCAUCGUCUACGUGCUGGACCCUGGGUUCUGCAAGCAGAAGAGCUACAGCGCCCGCACCGGCAUGGAGUCCCUGGUGGUCACCCCCUGCUCCCGGGCCUCAGCGAACCAGCGUGCUGGCCGGGCGGGCCGGGUGGCUCCUGGCAAGUGCUUUCGCCUCUACACAGCCUGGGCCUUCCAGCACGAACUGGAGGAGACCCCAGUGCCCGAGAUCCAACGCGCUGACCUGGGCUCUCUUGUCCUGCUCCUCAAGAGCCUUGGCAUCAACGACCUGAUCCACUUCGACUUCCUGGACCCGCCGCCCCACGAGACACUGGUGCUGGCGCUGGAGCAGCUCUACGCCCUGGGUGCCCUCAACCACCUGGGCGAGCUCACCACGGUGAGCUCACCACGGUACUGGGAGCGCUGGGCAGGGUUACUGGGAGCACUGGACCCUGAGGCUGUCCCCUCCCUGUCCCCAGCUGGGCCGGCGCAUGGCGGAGCUGCCGGUGGAGCCCAUGUUGGCCAAGAUGAUCCUGGCCUCCGAGCAAUAUGGCUGCACGGAGGAGGUGCUGACGGUGGCGGCCAUGCUGUCCGUCAACAACGCCAUCUUCUACCGGCCCAAGGACAAGGUCCUUCAUGCCGACAGCGCCCGCCUGGGCUUCCACGUCCCCGGGGGGGACCACCUUGUCCUGCUCAACGUCUACAACCAGUGGGUGAGCAGCGGGCACUCCCUGCAGUGGUGCUACGAGCACUUCGUGCAGGCGCGGUCCCUGCGCCGGGCGCGGGACGUGCGGGAGCAGCUGGAGGGGCUGAUGGAGCGCGUGGAGGUGCCCCCCUCUUCCUGCGCCGGAGACUCCGUCCCAGUCCGCAAGGCCAUCACUGCCGGCUUCUUCUACCACACGGCGCGGCUGACGCGGGGCGGGUACCGCACAGUGAAGCACCAGCAGACGGUUUUCAUCCACCCCAACAGCUCCCUCUUCGAGGAGCAGCCGCGCUGGGUGCUCUACCACGAGCUGGUCUUCACCACCAAGGAGUUCAUGCGGCAGGUGAUCGAGAUCGACAGCGGGUGGCUGCUGGAGGUGGCCCCCCAUUACUACCAAGCCAAGGAGCUAGAGGACGCCAGCGCCCGCAAGAUGCCCAAGAAGGUGGGCAAAAGCCGGGAGGAGCUGGGCUGAGACACCUUGGGGACACUUGGGGACAUCCUCCCCCCACAAUACAGCUGUUUUGGAAGACGAGUGGCUCCCUCCCCGUUUGGGGACACGGUUUGUCCCCUUCUGUCACUGCUGCAGCAGCUCCGUCCAUCUGGUUUUAUUCUGUACAUUAA